UUUCUUCACAAACUUUUAAGUGUUAAAACAUCAUUACAUUACAUAGUUUUUGUGGAAAAAUAAAUAAAAAUGGGAAUGGUUAAUAAUGUUCAUGGUUUGAUGAUGGUGGUGAGCAUGGUCAUAUGUCUCACAUCAGUUGCAAAUGCGGCGGAGGGAACAGCUACUUUCUAUACGCCUCCUUAUGUUCCCUCUUCAUGCUACGGAUAUCAAAACGAUGGCGUGAUGAUCGCUGCAGCAAGUGAUGUGAUAUGGGGCAAUCGGGCAGCUUGUGGGAGAAGUUAUAGAGUCAAAUGCACCGGGGCUACAAACCUGGGCGUGCCACAACCUUGCAAGGGUACCAGCGUUGUGGUUAAAAUCGUCGAUUACUGUCCACCAGGAUGUCAGGGAACCAUUGAUCUCUCUCAAGAGGCUUUCUCCAUGAUAGCUAAUCCUGACGCCGGAAAAAUCAAAAUUGAAUAUAAUCAGGUUUGAAGUUCUAGAGUAUGGUCUCGCGAUCGUAACUGCGAGUUAUGAUAAUAUAUAUAUAGGAAUAAGCAGCAAUGAGAUACGGGAGGUUCAUUGCAUGCCAAUGGUGGCGCUAGGGUUUGAAGUUCUCCUACACUAACAAGCUCAUGAUGGAAACGUCUUUGUUUCAAGCAUGGCAAGUUGGUAUUAAAACUUCGUGUAUGUGAUAUUAUAUUCAAUGAAAUAAGGAGAGGCCUUACUCUUUUAGUAUCCUAUAUAA